AUGAAUAGCGUUGACAGCCGGUUUUACUUGGCCAUAAAUUAUCGGCGACGACCUGGCAGCAACAUCUGGUACAUGAGAACACCACUCGGCAAGAACGAGAUUGGUAAGCUGAUGAAAACAGCUGCGCAAUCAGUAGGCCUGCAGGGAAAUUUUACCAACCACACUGUUCGAAAAACUUGUAUAUCCCACCUGAUGGAUGCAGAGGUUCCCGUAAAUUACGUCGCUCAAUUAAGCGGGCACAGAAAUUUGAAGAGCCUCGAUUCUUACAAAGCAGCGGAAAAUGUCCUUAAUUUUAAGCCGCUCCGGCCAAGAAAGUACUCAGACAUCAACAGUAAGCGUCCACGAAACACCACUUCGCCGGCGAAUCUUCCCAAAUAUGUCAGUAAACUAGGAAUUUUCUCAGGCGCUUGCAUCGGGAAAAUUUAA